AUGGCUCUUCUACUGCUUUUGCUGAUGUUGUCGAAUGGAAUAUUUUCUGGAUGUGACGGUAAAAACGGUUAUUUUUAAUGUUACGUUUCUAAUGCAUUCUCAUUCAGUAGGAUGUAACUUUUCAGUUGUACGAUGCGUUCUUGAGUCAUAAAACUUUUGUGUGACAAGUUUUUAGUCGGAUCUCUCUACUGACAUUUUGUUUCAAUAGUCAGGCGCGGUUGAGUACAAGAUUUAGGAAUAUUUAUGUCCAAAUAUCAUUCCAGUAUAAACGUUUGUAUGUCAUCCUUUUUGUCUAAAUCUAACCGUUUGAAAGACUAGGCUUCAUCGGAAAGAAAACAAAUUUUAAAAAGUUAAAACAUGACUUUUUCAUAAAUUUUCGUAUUGGUUUGAAAACCACAUUUUUGUCUCUUACCCAUCCAUUUAGCAACUCAGAUAUGAGGCUUCUGACAGGAAGUUUAAACAGAAAAUUCAUGAGAUUGUCAUUCCAGCUAAGUCCCAUGCGAAAGUCUUGUCUAUCACUGACUAGGCCAUGGCAUGUUUAUUACAUUUAACUUAAUUCAGUUUAUCUUACUGAACUGCCAAUAUCGAUAAGUGUUGUAAGACUCCAGUAACUUUUUCUUAUUACCUUAAUGUUCCUUUCACUUUGCUUUGUUUGAUUUUAUUACCAUGAAAUUUAUUGUUUACUACUUACAAUAUAAACGAUUGCCCGCAUGAAAUUACUCUGCGAGCCGUGGAGACAUUUCUUUCGGGCAGGGUUUUGAGCAUGUACGGAGUCGUGCGCGUCGCGUGCAAUAUUUUAUUUUUGUUACUUUUUUGGCCGACGGGAAGAGGGAUUACGCUGUGUAAUAUUGGAUUCCGUCCGAUCUAAAAUAAGGUAUUCGUUUGCUUUUCGUCUCUGCACUAGGCUUUGCUUCUUACUAAUGCGGUGAAAAACGCAAAUAUUCACAACACUGUAUCUAUUAAAGCGAGCUUUUGCAAAGACGGCAGCAACGGUAGAGAAAACAUCGUAUAACAGAGAUAAUUAAAGCUUACUGAUUACGACUCGCUCAUUACGUUUAGUGAAGGACAAAUUCCUCCUAAAUUCAAUUUAUACCGCUAUGUCACUUUUUUGGUGUUACUUUCAAAUCCUAAAAAAAAUUGGAAUCAAGGAAAACCCUGAAAAUGGCGAUUCCGUUUUACUUAGAAUUGCUCUGCUACUACUCUCUUCUGCCUCAACUAUAUAAGUGUAUGGAGUCCGUUUGGCUCUCGAUGGUCAGGAUGGAAAUGUGUUGCAACUUCGGAACAAAUUGGGCCAAAAGGCGCUCUCAAUUUAAAAUCCAAUGUUGUCAAAUCUCCAAGAAACGAUCACGAUUUGUUUUCCUUUUAUUAGACUCAGUAGAUCUCUUUGUUUUAGAGUUGCAAGUAGGAGAAAAGAUGACUGAGAAUACAGUCAAUUCUCGCCUUGCGGACACCUCGCUAUAACGGACGCCCCGAUAAUACGGACAGCAGCUAAAUCCGGAGCAAAAAUAAUUACUGAGCAGACACUGACUGAUAUAAAUGACAAGCCCCUUUAAGGACAGCAAGUCCCAAAGAGAAUUAAAAAGUAGAGAACAAAAUACUCUUUCAAGAAAAUGUACCAAAACGUUGAUGCACGUGGAGUGUAGUUUACCCCCUGAUAUAACCAGACUAGUUGCUAUUGGUACCCAAGGGAUGCACUGUAUGUCAAUAUUUGUUUUGCAGACAAAAAAACACUGUUGCAGGAGAUUUAAGUCAAAUUCCAUUUAAAUAUUCGUGUUUUCACGACCCAUAGUCUAACCUGUUUUCAACUUUACCGUAGGGCCACUCAAAACAAGCUGUUCAUUAACAUUUCCCAUUGGAAAUAACAGCUUUUCUUCAAGUUUUCCAUGUUCUUCCUCGAACAGUUCUUCUACUCUAACCAGUAACAUGAGCUCCGCCAUUUUGCCGAAUGGAACAAGUAUUGCUGUAGCCAAAAGUUCGUCAUACACACCUUUAACAGUAUCUACAGACACUUCAAUACUGCCUUCAAGCGUUAGUAUCAGUACUCAACCUAAAAAUGUGCCACAAACUAUGACACAUUUAACAUCCUUUGGGAUAUUUUUAGUAACAUUCGGUGGUGUUUUAGUUGCAUUUAUGAUUAUUGCACUGAUGUGGAUAUGCUGUAGUGGAAGAGAAAAAAGGUAAGCCAAUUUAUUUCUUUAGAAGAAUACUGACUUAUAACAUUUCAACUGGCAGCAGUUUCGCCACGUUUUUGAGGGUAAAGGAAAACAAAACGAAGAAUUGAAACAUUCAAUGAUGCGGAUGUCGAUCAAAAUUUGUCACGGCAAGAAAUGUUGCAAGUUUUUCAAUUGGAAACUGCACCGUACGUCUUUUUUCCCGCUAUUAAAUAUUUGUCCGCCCCCUUAACAGGUCGGUUAUAACGAUAGCAGAGCUGCAAAAAUCUGGGUGUGGAUAAAAAAUUAAUGAACUCAACCAUGUAUCACUGAAUUAAGCUCACUAAUCCCUGUCAUCCAUUAUUUGAAACCGAUUACAGAGACGAAGCUAAUUUUUUUUUUUUUUUUACCAUGUACAACCAAGAGAGCAUAAUGUUUUACUGCAGACGCUAGUGGGUUUUAAAUAUCUACACCCUUUGUUUGUCCUCUUCCCCUUUUUUUUCUAUCAUUUUUUUCUUCUGAACGUGACCUGUGUUUUUACACAUGCGUACUUCCUGAAUAAAACAAAAUUCCCAUGAUACCAUAGUUAAUUGAGUGGAAUGGUUAUGAAACCCGUCAGACUCCUUUGUUAUAUGUUUUUGUGGACCUGAAAGUGCACAACGUUCAAAAGAAUUCCAAUCAUUUUGAUUGUAUUGACCAGUAAAAACGUUGCAUUAAUUUCUUCCGCAACAAUUUGCCAACAGAAAACAAAGGAUUGUGCACUUUCAGGGUGCUUCCAACAUAAACUGCAGCACUGUUGUUUUUAUCAUUGAUGUUUGCCGCUUUUCAUAACCAGUCUCCUCUAAUAACUAUGAUGAUACUAAAUACCAACUGGUCUUAGGGUACGUUCACACUGCACUGAAUUUUCGCCCGGUUAAAAGUUCGUACGUUAGGUCUUCCGUUCACGGUACCGCGUUAACCGUGCGUAAACUUAGACGCCAAGCCGUUCAAAAGUUUGAAUUUCAAAGUUUUGACCGGCACAAUGUUAACAGCAUGACCGUCUAAAUUUUUGCAGUACGAAGGCGUGGUUGCACGGAUGAGGGGUACUUCAGCUGGGAUGUGCCAUUUUGGAGUUGCUGAAGUAGCGCUCUGUGCAUGGGCAGAUGGUAACACCACAAUCUCGUUCCCCGAGUCCGCGUUACCUGCCCGUUCCGCUGGACAAAGCAACGCGGACUAACACCACUAAAACCGUUCUCGUUCCCAAAAAAAGUUGAAAUUCAACCCGAUUCGUCAGUUCCGUGUGAACAAAGCGAAAAUAACUGUUCCGUUCCGAAAAUAAGUGUCCGGUCAAAUUUUUCGUCCCGUGCCGUUUGAACGUAACCUUAAUCUUCUUCUCGCCACAAUCACGGAUUUUGAAUUUGUUUAAAAUUAGUUUUACAGGUUGUCCCCUAAAUUGUAUUUCCUCAACAAGGGUCUUAAAGCAACCGAGUAUUUGAUCUACUGGCAUGCUUUUCCUUCAGCCCUCAAGCACCACACAUUCAAGUCAAAUUAAAGCCAUGGAGGUAUGCAUAUCCAUAAUCGUUAGACUGCGAUCAUUUAUUGUUUUCAUCGCGUAGUGCAACGGGGAAGUAAGACAGGAGCUGUUUAAAAAUAAAUUAUGCGCAAGAAGUGUCCAUCUGUGCCAUUUUCGUAUCUUUUUUUUCUAGGUUAAAAUUAUAGGUUUUAAACGUUACCGACUUUAGCUUUGAGGUUUUCACCUCUAUUUAUCCUAGGUAAACCAAAUGAAGAACGGAAUAAAUUUUCCAUGUGUUACCAACAACCACAAGGGUAUUUGUACCAGCAAUUUAUAUGCAAUUAAUUUCAUGUAAUUUGUUACGUGCCCCACUUAAUCUUAUAGAAAGAUUUUACUCAACCCGUGAAACAGGUAGAAGGAUACUACGCACUAUUAUGCCGCACUAAUCCCAUUGUCUUUCUAUUUUGCACUCAGAUUUGUUAGUAUCUGUUUUACGGUUCAAGUAAAAUCACUCUAUAACGGACAUUUUUAGCCCACCACACCCACUCACUUGCUCCCCUCCUCUUUUCACCCCAAAGGCAUUUAGUGGUGUUACUGAUAUUCCAUCAGUUUAUCUAUGAUCUGUAUACUGCCCUUUCUCCUUCUUGUUUGUGUUACUUCUGCCAUACAGUCGCACAAAAGACCAAACUUCAAAUGAAGUAACAACGGAGGAAACUGAUCUUCCUACAAGCUACCAGAACCCAGGCUUAAACAGGUAAACAAGCGUUUGACUCACGGCUGGCUCACUUCACGCUGCCGCUCAAAAAGUUCAAAACGGCCCCAAUAAGAAUAUGAUGAAAAAUAUUUUAAAACGAAACUCCCUACUGCGUUACUUUAGGUACAACCUUUACAAUAGUUCCGGCGUUUUUAAUGAUGAUACCGCUUUUUGCGAUACAGUGAAGGUAAUGCAAAACAGAGACGUUAACGCUACUUAAAAGGCGACGCGUCCUUUCAAAUGUUUUCCGGCGGGAUAAUCAAUCAUUUCGAUCAUUCUAUUUCGACAAACUCAAAGUAGGAGCUGAAGAGAGCGGACGCUCACUCUACUCUUGUUAAUUUGUGGCCUUGUAGUGCACGUUCAAGUUUAUCUCCAAAGCUUUUUAAAGAAUUAACCCAGCAAAUUUUUUUUUCAGUUCAAAUCCAAGCCCUGUUUGUGGAACAAACAAAGCUACCCCAGGAAGAGUGGAUAACGUUAGGUAAACUACAGAUUACAGACGCUAGAAGUUGCUAACCCCUGUGGCUGGGGCCAGGAACUGAACUAAGACUUUGAAGAAAAGCGCAAAAAAGUUCGAAGACCGCUGAAAAAUUUUCAGCCUGUUAGACGAGUGCAGUUCCGUUAAUAAACCAUGAAAAUUACUUUUUUUCCAAGAUGACACGGUGACGAAUGACUGGUUCUUAGAGAUGUCAUAGACAAGUCUGUGUUAUAUUUAAGAGUUAAUUUCAAAAGUUAUUGAUUCUUUUUUGUUGUUCAUUUUUUAUCAUCAGGGAGUCACCUCUUAUUUAGCAGUAAAGUGCCCUACAAGCUUUCCGGAGC